AUGCAACCAACACAUGCUGUAAAUAUUACAAAUAAAAAUUAUCCUCUCACACAAGAACAUCGUGCACGUCUUUAUCAAAUGUUAAGUGAAUUAGAAAUCGAACAUUUACGUUUAAUUCUUUCAACUCAUAUGCCAAAUUCUACAAUAACAAAUAAAUUUCAAAAUUAUACAUAUCAACAACUUCUUCAGCAAGGUUUAAUUCUUAUUGAUAAUUAUUAUUCAGCAGAUUUAGAACAAGGAAUAAUGAGUUUAAUGCAAAAACGUACUCAAACUGAUUUUUAUCAUCAUUAUCAACAGCAAAUACCACAGCAACAACAGCAGCAGCAGCAGCAGCAACAACAACAACAGCAACAGCAAAUGUUUUAUUAUCCUCAACAAGCAGCGCAAUAUACUCCACCAUCAAAUUUUCGUUUUUCAGCAACACCAGCAAUAUCACGACAACUAAGAACACUUCGACCGAAUGCAGCUGCACCUCAGUCGACUGGUAUUUCGAAUGCUCGUGUCCAACAACAACAAGAACAACACCAACAGCAACAACUACAACAAAAAGCGACCUUUAAUCCUUCUCUUAUUUCUUUGCAACAUCCAGCGAGACAUCCUUCACCUACACACGUAACGAGCAGCCCCAAUCGACCUGCUGGUCCACGACGUCCAGCUCCAGUUUUACCUCAAUCUUCACCUGUCUCAACACCAUCGACAGUAUCCACUUCAAACUCCACUCCUAAUUCAUCUCCAAUAAUUCCUAGUCAACGUCCGCAAAUACAAAGAAUCGUUCAUAAAAAUUUACCAUUCCUACGUACAAUAUCAUGUGUUCAUGAACGUUAUAAUAUAUUUAAUUAUGAUUCAAAUCGUAAACAAUCUUUAUCACAUGAUGAAUUUGUUUUAUCAUUAGAUGCAUGUAAUCAAUUAGCUUUAUCAUAUGAUUAUGAUCCUAAUAUCGAUACUUACAAGACAAGUAAUUGUCUUAUCUUACGUCUUGUACGUACUGAUUUACCACCAGCACCCAAUGGAAAAUAUGAAGAUAAUCUUCCUGCUAAUUUAGCUAUUCAUGUUAAUGGUCAUAUUUUAACAAAUUUACCAAUACCAAAACCAUGUACACGACAACAAAAAGAUUUAAUACGUAGUGGACGUGAAAUCGAUAUAACAUCAUUUUGUAUGUUUAAUCCAAUAUUAAAAAAUGAUAUUACUAUUACAUGGAAUUGUCGUCAAGAUAAUGCUGCUUUAUGUGCACAAUAUGUCAAUGCAGAAUAUGCAUUACAUAUAUUUCUUACUGAACGUUUAACAAUUAAACAAUUAUGUGAACAAAUUCUUAAAAAAAUGGCAAAAUUUUAUCGUGAUGAUUUAGCAAAAAUCUUAGAGAGAGCACGUACUAAAGAUCGUGAACUUGGUUUAGAAGUUAGCGAUCAAAAAUUAAAAUUAAUAUGUCCUAUUGAUCAAAAACGUUUAAAAAUACCUAUACGAGCAACUACUUGUCAACAUUUACAAUGCUUUGAUUUAACGAAUUAUAUUGCUUUAAAUGAAAAAUCAAAUAAAUGGGUGUGUCCGGUUUGUAAUAAAUCUGCUUUAUUUGAUGAUUUACAAGUUGAUUUAUAUACAGAAUCAAUAUUAAAUUCAAUACAAAGUGAUAAUAUAACUGAAAUAACAAUUGAUGCUCAUCUUCAAUGGAAACCUGUUGUACAAUCGAAUAUGAUGAGUGAAUCAUUCGAUUUCAAAUCCAAUAGAAGAUUUUUAUCAUCAUCAGCAAAUGAACCUAUAUUAAUUGAUGAUUAA